CAGCUGUAACUUUUGAUAGAUUUUAUGUAAAAAAAACUACUGAAAAUUUGUCACGAUUUGAAGUGUUUCUCCGUGUGGAGCUUGUAAACAAAUUAACGUCAACGUGUAUUUAGCGGCACUUUUGUCCGGCAAGAUUUUGCUACAUUGAGAACCAGGAAAAUAGAAAGAGAUAAAAUUGCAGGAGUUAUUUUGCGGGAAAAUUUCCACCGAUCGUAUCUACGAAGUUUAUUAUUGUUAUUGGUUUGAAUUCGUCCAUGCAUCAUGAGAACUUUAGCCAUUGUCAUCAUAUUUUACUUGUUACUAACUAAAUCGAAAUCUUUGAAGGAGGAAGAAGGAAUAGAGUCUUCGAAGUUACAGAAAGAUCUUUUAAAUGCAUGUCGUGCCUUUCGAAUUAACCAAUCAAAAUGCAGAUGCUCUUUAUUCGACGUAAAAUAUUCGACUAACCAUGCAAAUUUAUGUACUGUUACCGAAUCAGAUCGAAUUUCCUACAAUACAACAAAACAUAAAAAUGUUUGGUUACCUAAUAUCAUGGAAAAAGCAUGCUCUUAUUUUAACUUGACUAGCACGCAGUGCCAAUGUCAACAAUUCAAAUUAUUACGUAAAAAAGAAGAAAAGAAUUUUUGUCGAAUGAGUAGAAGUGUUGCUCCACCAUUAAUAGAUAGUCUUGAUCAACUCUGUUGGUUUUUCAACGUUUCAAAAAAUAAAUGCUCAUGUGAAAUAUUUAAGAUUGAAGAAAAGCACAAAAUAUUUGAAUCGGUGUGUCAUUUAGAAAAAUUUUUGAACAGCACAAAUCACAUCAUCAUUGUGUACGAUGCUGUAUAUGUCAGGACACAUGCCAGUAUUGGUAUAGUUGCUGCAUUGGCUGGAAUGGCAGGAAAUACUUUAGUCCUAGUUGUCGCUAUUGUAAAUAGGAAAGGACAGUCGACCUGCAAAACUUUGUUUGCACAUUUAGCGGCUUCAGACUUACUCUUUGCGGUACUACAAUUUAUUUACUCUGUUCCAAAAUAUUGGACAACAGGUUGGUUAUAUGGAUUAGCAAUGUGCAAGGUCUUGAAAAGUUCCGAAAUGCUCGGUUCGAUGGUAGCUAUUGGCAUUAUACUAAUUAUAAGUAUGGAACGUUACAUAGGAAUUUUAGAGCCGUUUCGCCGAGGAAUAUCCAAAAGUGGUAUGCAGUGUAUUCUUGCCUUUAACAUAGUACUUGGAAUCGCGUCCAUAAUUCCAUUGAUUUUAUAUAACAAAACCGAUAUAGCAAAAAUAUGCAGACCGAUGUGGCCUAGAUUAGAAAACGAUACGACCAUUUACAACAGCUAUAUUGUGAUUAUGUACUUUUUCAUUCCAGUUGUAAUAAUAACAUUCUUGUAUAUACGUAUUAUACUGAAUUUGCAUGGCACAGUAACAUUUGGAAAUGAAAAUUGGAUUGCUGAUCCAAGAUUACGCUUAAAACGCGUCACUGAUAAUAAAAAAACAAUGUACAUGUUACUAGCUGUAGUUAUUGCGUUCAUUACCUUUGUCUUUCCAAGACAUAUUGCUUACAUAUAUUUCGAUACGCGUGGAUGGACAGGAGAAAUGAUUCGAACGGGUGACAUAACCACUUAUUUUAUUUUAAUGUACAUAGCAAAUGUACCAUACCCCCUUCACGUUGCUAUCAAUCCUAUAAUUUAUAGUAUAUUAGAUGCCAAAUGGAGAAAAGACGUAAAAAAAUUAUUACGGGACAUGCAAGUUAAAGCUAGAUGUUUAUAAGCCAAUUUUACAAGCUUUGUUGGCCGUUAAAAAACGAUGGUGGUGUGAUAUUACACCGAUUCGAGUUUAACGAGCAUAUCUAAAGUUUAACGAGCAUAUCUAAGCAAAAAACAGUGCUUGUUGUUGAGAAUACUUUUACUGUUUUCUUUGCGUUUGUCAUGUGUCUUCGUAUCAUGUAGCGUAAUGUUUUCUAUUAGGUACAACCAAUUAAUAGUUUCUGUAUAAGUACUAGUCAUCAAACGGUACGGAGUACAAUAUGGCAAUUUUUUCAAGCCCUGAUAUAUUUGUCUGGUUAUUUUACGAGGAAAAUAAAAACAAAAAUUUCUGAACUCAAAAAAUGUAUUUGAUAUUGUACGAGGCUUCAGUGCAAUAACUAGUUUAUCAUUAUACAUUUAUAAUUAAAUACUGUUUGUACGUAAAUAUUGUUUAAGGGGGAUUUUCACGAAGCAAAUUGAACGGCGAAUUCGACGGCGAAUUGCAUCUGAGCAUGCGCAGUUUUGUUUAUUUUGAUUUUGCAUCGAAAUAUUCGCUUCGCUGAAAAGUAGAAACAGUUCCUACUUUUUCGCGGCUAAAGGUUUUGCUGCUAGUUUUUGACUAAUCAGAGCGCGGUUAGUAAUGUAAACAAUGACUUUGGCGCCUAAUUUAUUUUGUCGUGAAAAUUAAAAAGCGAAUUCGCCAUCGAAUUCGCCGUUCAAUUCGCUUCGUGAAAAUCCCCCUUUAUACAUUUGUAAGUAAGCUAUCAUGUCAUUUUCCAUAUUCUCAAAAUGUAUUAAGAGUAGGCAUUGUAAGACAUUGUAUAGUAAAUCUACCUAGUUAUCUUGUGGUGAAAAUUUAAUUUCAAGAAGAAAAAAGAUCUCAUGCAAGACAUGCAAAAAUAUAUUUUUUUGCAAAAUUCAUAAUGAUCAUUAUGUAAGAAGAGAGUAUCAUGUCAAAGAACCAAGACAUUGUAUAAUACGAACACGUUAAAUAUAAAUGUAGAGAGUAUUUGUGUCUUAAACUGUGAUUUUUCUUUAUUUGUCUUGAC